AUGUCUGGGGUGCGCAAAGGUUCCCGCCUGGUCAAAACACUAGGCCAAGGACAAUUUUCUCUGAGGAAGACACCCUCAUGCGUGAGAAGAUUAGCAUCCGCGGCCGAGGCCAACCCCCGCCAGAAUGACCAUCUGAGCGAUCUCGAGUCAACGACGACGUUCACAUCGCCCGCGCCUGACCAGAAGUCAAUUGACGCAUUCAAUCAAGCCGAGAAGCUGAGCGCUAAGGAGAGGAGACUUCCCGGUAACCGAUACCAGUACCACCCCCCCAAGUACUACCGCGGUCCUCUGCAUCCUGUUCAAACACCCCCAGCGUCUGAUCCAACCGCUCGAGAUUUUGUUCCCGGCCCCUUCAACUUCCCGCGACUCAAGCAUACCUACGACAGCACCAUCGCCCCGGACCUGUUGACCAUGACCUACCAACACACUCCCCCCGGCACCGAGCAAGUUGUUUCCCAAAAGGGCACCUUGAGGCAAUGGGACGGCUCCUCGCCCUACCAUAAGAACAGACCCAGCCGAGGUCCCCGUGGCGGCGGCUCCUCAAGACUCGGCAUACUGGAGCGCAACAUUGACUGGAACAACAUCCCCGAGAUUGAGGCAGUCACCAUCAACUCGUACGCCCCCAAUGCCGCCCAGAACAAGGAAUACCUGCACGUCGCCCGUGCUGUGGUCCAGGCCAUCAGCGGUGACUACCCCGAGGUCACCACCGUCAAGCACCAUGUUAUCCAGUGGGGUGUCCGCAAGGGCGACAAAGCCGGCGCCAAGGUGACGCUUCGCGGCGGUGCGGCGUACGAGUUUGUCGACAAGUUGGUGACGCUGGUCCUGCCAAAGAUCAAGGAUUGGCCGGGCAUCAAGGCCUCCACCGGCGACGAUUCGGGUAAUUUGGCAUUCGGCAUGAAGCCAGCUUGGAUGGCCUACUUCCCAGAGAUAGAAUUCAACUACGACAUGUACCCGCCCAAGCUGAUGCCUGGAUGCGACAUCUUUAUCCACACAACCGGCACGUCUGACCGACAGGGACGCUUACUGAUGGAGGCCUUGGGAUUCCCCUUCUACGGCAAGGCAACGCGCUAA